AUGAAAACAGGAAUCACGCGUCCCGUACACUCCCUGCUUCUUCCCCCUCCCCUACAGCAGCUGCCCACCGCGACAGAUGAUGCUGCGGCUGGGAGCGAUUGCUGCUCGGGGCUGCCUGUCUCAAUCCCCCGAGCCGAGGGAACCGCUGGGCACAUCUGGAACACCGCAGCGGGGGCAGGCAGCAGCCCAGACCCAGCCGAGGGCCCCCACAGCCCCGUCCUCGGCCCCAGCCCUGUUUCCCUCCGGCCACAGGCUGACUGGGCCGGGCGGGCGGUGCCAGGCCGGGGCCGCCCCGCUGCUCGGGAGCAGGGCUGGGAGGCAGGGCCCGGCGGCAUCUGGCCAGAGCCAUUGUCUGCUGGCCCGGCACCAAAGCCUGGCCUGGGGGCGUUGUGGGGUGGCUCCCUUCUUCCACUGCAGCAGGGGUGCAGCGACAUCAGCAAUGGGAUUUUGCUGUCCCUGCAUCGGGAUGCAAAGGCAGCGGGGGGUUGGGGGCGCGCCGGCGACAGCUCCCGGAGCUCUGAAGGGACGAGGGUUUCGGCUUUUCCUUCCAAAUGCCGACAUUUGAGUAACGUUAUCAGCGAGAUGAUAUUGCUCAACCAGGAGAGCGUCACGCAGGGACGUGGAGCACAGCCACCGCCCGGCUCCAGCCAAGCACAGCCCUCCGCCGCCGCGGGAGGCGGCCGGCGGCUGCCCCUGCCCUGGCCGCGGUCCCUGCCUCUGUCCCGGGCUCAGCCCCCGGCCCGGCCCGCCCCGGACACGCAGCAGCCCCGGGACGCGGGCCCGGGAGCCAGGGGCAGUGGCCGCCCCUCCCGGCCCGUCCUGGGGCUGUCUCCCGUCGGUCGGGGCCGGGGCAGGGACCGAGGAGACUGGGGCGAUGCUCGGCUACGAGCCGAGCUGAAAGCUGUGCUUGUGUGCUUGUCUGUGUGUGUGUGUCUGUGUGCGUGUGUGUGUCUGCGUGUGUAGCUUUGUGUGCGCGUACGCGUGUGCGCGGGGAGGAGAAGGGCUGGGCGAAGAAGGAGGGGGAGGAAGCAAGGGGGGAAAGAAGAAAAGAGAGAGAGAAAAACGCGGAAAGCGGCAAAAAUGACAUCACCUCAUUUGCAUAGGCGCGGGGAUAAAACCGCCCCGCCAGCGAGCGCCCUUUAUACUGGCGUGCGGAGCGGCGGCAGCAGCGAGCGGCGGGACUGAGCAUCACCGCGCGGCGACACCGAGACACCUGCCAACAUGUCCGACAAACCAGACAUGGCUGAGAUCGAGAAAUUUGACAAGUCCAAAUUGAAGAAGACAGAGACGCAAGAGAAAAAUCCGCUGCCUUCAAAAGAAACAAUUGAACAGGAGAAGCAAGCGGGUGAAUCGUAAUGAAAUCUGCCCUUCCAAAUUAUGCACUGUACAUUCCACAAGCAUUGCCUUCUUAUUUUACUUCUUUUAGCUGUUUAACUUUGUUAAGAUGCAAAGAGGUUGGAUAAAGUUUAAAAUGACUGUACUGCCCCUUUCACAUCAAAAGAAUAGAGAGAACUACUGACACUGAAUGAAGGCGCUGCCUUUCCCUCUGCCUGUCUGGCUUUGGUCCUGGUGGCAUGAAAGAGCUUGCAUGUUGAUGAAAGAAGAACUUGGGUGGGACUACAGUAAACUAGAGUAACACACGAAUAAAUGCAAAGCUGUACCAAGGUCCUGCGAGCUGUAAAAUGCAGUUAAUCGAGUGCCAUUUUUUUUUUUUUGUUCAAAUGAUUUUAAUUAUUGGAAUGCACAAUUUUUUUAAUAUGCAAAUAAAAUGUUUUAAAACCUG